CGUGACAUCCGCCUCGUUUGUCCGCUAAGUUCAGUCAUUCUGCGGUCGCUGCUAGCGGGACGGGUUUGCACCAUUGUGGGGAAAUGUUCCGAGCCGUGUUCCGACUGUCGGCUACAGGAGCAAGGAGUUUGGCACGGUCACAACAGUGUCGUUUAGCUCCUGUUGCUACCAGAUGUUACUCUCAUGGUAAAGUUGAGAGUGAUGAAGAAUUUGAUGCUCGCUGGGUAACAUACUUCAGUAAACCAGACAUUGAUGCAUGGGAGCUGAAGAAAGGAAUGAACACACUGAUUGGAUAUGACCUGGUACCUGAGGCGAAGAUCCUGGACUCUGCACUGAGAGCUUGUCGACGACUCAAUGACAUGGCUAGUGCUAUUCGAAUCUUGGAGGCCAUUAAGGACAAAGCAGGACCCCACAAAGAUAUCUAUCCUUAUCUGAUCCAGGAAUUGAAACCUACUCUUACAGAACUUGGCAUUUCAACACCAGAAGAGUUGGGGAUGGACAGACUUUAAACCAUCAUGGUAAAAGAUGUGUAAAUGGAUAAAGCUACCUGAUAUUGUCCUGUUGUGCUGCAUAUAAUAUUACGUCCAUGCCCUAUGUUGUACAAAAUAUGGACCUAAUAAAAUUACCAGUAUGUAA